CCCUACCUUUACAAAUACGACCGGGCAUUCGCUUACUGAGCUUUAUCUUAGACAGCGGGUUUAUAAAGUUACGGCCGAUUGUGUGGCGCUAGUGCCCCUCCCAGGUUACAUUAGAUGGCGGACACCUAAUAUACUAGCCCAACCCAGACAAACAACGACUGCCGUCACUCACUGUAGCCAAUCAUUACUUUCUUAUCCAGCCCGUCAAUCGCCGCAAUAAGGAAAGGAUCUUCCAUCGCGGGAAGCGGCUGCCGCUGAACGAACGCGAGCGGCCGACACCCCCUCUCGCGCAAACCGAGGUUCAGGAUGAGCUAAAGUUGGAAGGAUUUUCCGGAAUGGAGUCCAUCCGCUGAGGCAAUUUGCACAUUCCGGUAGAGUUGUGCAGCGUUGAUAUAGCCAAGAAGGCAAUGAUGAACAUUUUAUGCCUUCGUUGAUAGCAAUCCGCGCCUAGUCGGUGAGACAAGACAAUAUAAAAUAUACAGCAACCAACUGAACCACCCUAAAUAUAGUGUCCGGCUACGCUCGUUACGCCGCUCUACCGUCGGGUUUUACGGUGGGACUAGCCCAGUUUUAGAUUCGGCUUUCCUUGGGUUGUGGAUCUAACCGUAUAUUAAUGCACUAAAAAGCAAAUACACAAUAUACACUGCUACUCAGGGUUGCAAAGAAGGAUUUACGCGUACAUGGAGUAGACUGUGUAUUCUAUAUAAGGCUCCAUGGCUGGCUAGGUCCCCAUCUCGGGUCAUGCAUACUAGAUCGCAUUAUAGGUUUGCCCAUUAUGCAUAACGCUCUAUUACAACCGUUUGCGCUAUUGCUCGCGUGCAUACUGCCCAAUGCGCUCGCUAGCACGGCGGUAUCCUCUCACACCGCAGAUGUCUGCACAAAGCUGCAUGCUCGGUAUCCCGACAAACUCAUCUGGGACCCAGCCGGUCCCAAGGGCUGGACUACCCUCAAUGAGUCCUCGACUUAUAACACGGUGACGUUUGAUUACUGGAACGCGGCAGUCAGCUUGGACCGUGCAGCUUGCAUGUUUGUUCCCGCCAAUGCAGAAGAGGUCUCCUUCGCCGUAACAACAUUAAGGCAAUAUCCCGACGUCCGCUUUGCACUCAAAGGCGCUGGACACAACCCCAAUCGAGGCUACUCCAGCACAAAAGGUGGUGUCCUAAUUGCGUUUCGGCCCAAUUCCCGCUUUGUUAUCCCAUCCGCGGAUCUUAGCACAGUGACAAUUGGGCCCGGCUGCAAAUGGGAGGAUGUCUAUGGCACCCUAUCGCCUCUCGGCAAGACCGUCACUGGCGGGCGCCUAGGUGAUGUCGGUGUCGCCGGCCUCAUCCUUGGUGGUGGCCUUUCCUAUCUAUCAGGUCAACACGGCUUUGCUUGCGACAAUGUCGUCAACUAUGAAGUGGUGCUUGCCAACGCAACGAUUACCAACGUAAACAGCACCUCGCACCCAGACCUCUUCUAUGCCCUCUGCGGCGGCGGCAACCAGUACGCCAUUGUCACUCGCUUCACUCUCAAGAUGUACGAGAGCGGUGUCAAGGGUGUCGUCUGGGGUGGUGUCCGCACCUAUGGCGAAUGGCAGCAUGCUGACGUCUUAGAGGCCGUUGCUCGCUUUACAUCAGACAACACAGAUGCUCGAGCCGGCAUCAUCCCCACGUUCAACUUUGUCACUACGCUUGUUCUCGACAUCCCAGCCAUUGCGGUAGCCAUGUUCUACGACGGCCCCGCACCGCCACCCGGGGUCUUUGACGUGUUUGACGAUAUCAAAUCCAUCUCGGACAGCACCAAGGCUCAGGACAUGCCCGGUGUUACGCGGGAGCUGCUCAAUGGCGAUAUGAAAGGUCUUCGGUUCCGUAUCGGCUUCAACUCUUUCCCGGCCAUGCCGCUCGACAACAUGACCGACUUCCUCAACGACCACUACGCACUUAUCAAAAAGGCAUCUGUAGAAGCAGCUCUCUGGGACCUGCUCGAUUUUAAAGACUUGUCGUUUGCUGUGCAGCCUAUGCCGCGACACAUUAUGCAGGCGUCCAAGGAUGCCAAUGCCAAUGGCGGUAAUGCGCUAGGUUUAGACCCGAGAAAUGGCGACAAGGCGUGGAUUGAGUAUGACUUUGCGUGGUUGAGUCCUCUGUGUGACGGCUCAUGCGAUAACUUUAUUCGCAAGGUUGUGAAGGACGCGCACAACUUGCACGCAACAAAGUAUGGAGGAAUCUACCCAACAAACUACGAGAGUGGCGACUUGGAGGCCUUCAGUUAUAAUCCCAUCUUUAUGAAUGAUGCGCUUGAUACGGAGCCCGUCUUGGAAAGUUAUGGUGCUGAGACUUAUGCGCGCUUGAGAGCUAUUCAGCGCGCCUACGACCCCGAUGGCUUUAUGGCGACGCGACAGGGAGGCUUUUCCUUUACGAACUAAAGAGUUGGAUGUCUUUUAUGACUUCUAUAAUGUUUAUCAAUAAUAUUUAAAUUUUUAGUAUUCUUUCUAUCAUUCGUUUACC